AUCUCGGACGGCAUUAAAGCGGAGAGAUUCGGGCAUUUCAGCACUUCUAGUUCGUGCUCACCAGAAGAGCAGCUUCGCACACUCUCUCCCUCUCGGUGUAGAGCUCAGCGAUGGCGGCAGCAGCACCGGCGGCGGCGGCUUUCAAUGGUCUGAAGGCAGCUGCGGCGGGUACGGCGUCCCAUGCCUACCUGGAGAGCAAGCCAGUGAUGGACACCCGGAUUCUGAUAUCGGAUCUCUGCCGCCAGUUCUACACCCUCGGGUGGGUGUCGGGGACCGGUGGCAGCAUCACCAUCAAGGUCCAUGAUGACUCCGUUCCCAAGCCCGACCAGCUCAUCGUCAUGUCCCCUUCGGGAGUCCAGAAGGAGAGAAUGUUACCAGAGGACAUGUACGUUUUGUCAGCUAACGGGUCUAUCCUGUCUUCUCCAUCUCCCAAGCCUUACCCGAAUAAACCCCCCAAGUGUACAGACUGUGCUCCUCUGUUCAUGAAGGCAUAUACUAUGCACAAUGCUGGAGCUGUUAUCCAUAGUCAUGGGAUCGAAUCGUGUCUUGUGACUAUGAUGAACCCAUCAUCAACUGAAUUUCGGAUAACUCAUAUGGAGAUGAUCAAAGGAAUUAAAGGACAUGGUUAUUACGAUGAGCUGGUGGUCCCAAUUAUAGAGAAUACAGCCUAUGAAUAUGAGCUCACUGAGUCCCUCACCAAAGCGAUUGAAGCAUACCCAAAAGCCACAGCCGUGCUUGUUCGUAACCAUGGUAUAUACAUAUGGGGAGACACAUGGAUCAGUGCUAAAACUCAGGCAGAGUGUUACCACUACCUCUUUGAUGCUGCUCUCAAGCUUCGUCAACUGGGUAUCGAUUGGACCACACCAAAGCAUGGUCUAAUUCAGAGUGGCAAAGGAGUUGCAGUUAACAGCACGAGCACCCCUUCGACUGGAACUAUGAAUUCAGACAAUCGUAAUGAGCAACUGCCUAGAUGCAUUGUUCUUGAUAUUGAAGGAACGACGACUCCCAUAUCAUUUGUUACUGAGGUCCUCUUUCCUUAUGCCCGGGAUAAUGUAGGGAGGCAUCUGGCAUUAACUUAUGGAACUCCAGAAACUGCUGAUGAUAUUAAGUUGUUGCGCUCUCAAGUUGAAGAUGACCUGAAAAAUGGUGUUGCUGGCGCUCUUCCUAUCCCACCCGAUGAGGCAGGGAAGGAAGAGGUCAUUGCUGCCUUAGUUGCUAAUGUGGAUGCCAUGAUCAAAGCUGAUCGCAAGAUCACUGCCCUGAAACAGUUGCAAGGGCAUAUAUGGCGAACCGGGUUCGAAAGCAAUGAACUGGAGGGAGUCAUUUUUGAGGACGUGCCAGACGCUCUCGAGAAGUGGCACUCUCUUGGCAUCAAAGUGUACAUCUAUUCCAGUGGAAGCAGGCUGGCCCAGAGGCUUAUAUUCGGCAAUACAAAUUAUGGAGACUUGAGAAAGUACCUGUGCGGAUACUUCGACACUGCUGUGGGAAAUAAAAGAGAGACUCGAAGUUAUGUUGAGAUCUUCGAGUCUUUAGGAGUCGAUAAACCAUCGGAUGUAUUAUUCGUUACUGAUGUCUACCAAGAAGCCGUCGCUGCAAAGGGGGCAGGACUGGAGGUGGUGGUCUCCGUCCGGCCUGGAAAUGGCCCUCUUCCCGAGAAUCAUGGCUUCAAGACAGUGACUUCAUUCUCGGAAAUCUGAAGGAUUGUAUGUACUAAGUACCUGUCUUACUGUGAAAAAUGCUUGUUUAGCUAAAUAGAAGUCUAGAACUGAAGACGACUUGUUGAUGGACCGAAUAGAUGAACGCAAGCCAGACCCUGGUGGUCGAACAAGUUUGUCAUCAGUCCCAUGCCUUGCACCUUAAAAGCUUGUAAUGAGAUGCAGAGACUCCAGAGAGAAAUAAAUGAUGAUAAUCUUGGUAGCAGUUCCUAUGAUUGGGAAGGAAUUCACGGAAGUGGGGCCAUGGUUGUUUCUU